AUGGCAAGGGUAAAACAAGUGUCUACCAAACCUCGAAAAUUCAUGGGUGAUGCUAUGAAAGUUGCUGCUAGUUCCGAAAAAGAAAGAGAAGAAGGAACUGAAGUUGAGAACAGUAAUGAUGAAACAGAGACAGUGGCAGAACGAGCAAGAAAAAGAAAGGGAAAAGGUAUUGCUGGGUCAGAGCCCUCUGCGAAAAAGAAGAAAAUGGAAAAGGCCCCUGCUUUGAAACCUUUUGUGCAACAAAAUAUUUUUAAGCCAAAGUACAUUAAAUGGGAUUCAUUUUCUGACUUGCCUUAUGAAUUUGAAGAAUUAUUUACUUUUCAAGGCUGGAUGGAAUUUUCUGAGUUGAAUGAAUAUUAUUAUCCUUAUUUGAUUCAAGAAUUUUAUGGAAGUAUGAAAGAAGUUGUUAAAGGAGAAAGUUUUAGUGUGAGAGUUAAGAAGAAAAGUCAGAUUAUUGAUGUUGAUUUCUUAGCCUCUGUUUUAAACCUACCAAAUGAUGGAAAUAGGAUUGGAACCUUCAAAGAUUCUAGGAAGCUUGAAGGAUAUGAUGAGAAGGCAUUUCAAUUAUCAAUUUUUUCGGAGGGUACACCUAAAAAUGAAAUGACCAAUAUCAGUUUAGUGCCUCAAAAUUUUAGGAUUCUACAAUCCUUCAUUCGAUAUUUGCUCAAUCCUAGAAGUGGUAGUCACUCAUAUGCAAAUAGCCUUGACUUAUUUGACUUAUGCAUUAUGUGGCACUUGGUUAACAAAAUCAAAUUUAAUUUGCCAUUUUUUAUUUUUAAAGUGAUUGCUAAGUCUAGUAAGCAUAGAAGGUUGCCAUAUGCUAUGCCUUUGACUCUUAUAUUUCAAGCUAUGGAAGUUGAUUUGAGCAAAGAAAAGAAGUUUAGCAAUCCUAUCCCCAUUAAGGAGAUAUUCAAGACUGAUGAUGGUAGGAAAAGGAGUAAGAAAGAAGAGACUGAGAUUGAGAUUGAAUCUGAGUCAGAAUCAAAUUCUGAAACAGAAUCGGACAUCCCACUAAGCAAGUUGAAAGAGAGAAGUUCUAAGAUAGAUAAAGGGGAAAGCUCUAAGAAGAAAGAGAAAAUGAACCAAAGAACAAGCCAGAAAAUCAGUUCUACCCAUUCCUCCAAAAAUCCAAGUAACCAUACCUGA